AUGAAGGCCUUCAUCGCAAUUCCAGCGCUCUUCGCAGCCUCUGCCCUCGCGGCCCCCGAAUGGUCAUUCACCUUCACCUUCUCGGACGCCCACAGCACAUGGACCUCCUUCACGUACGCCUCGGAAGCGCCCAACGCAACCACCACCGCCAGUGCCGCCAGCAGCGCGUGGACUGGUCCUACUGAAUGGAUCUCGACCACCUCCUACACUGCGGUGUUCAGCUCUGGCACAUCCACCUGGGGGGUGCCCACCGCCGUCUCCUACAGCGUCGGCGAAGACUGGACCAGCAUGAUUCCUGCUCCUACCUCCUCGACCGCCAGCAGCGAGACCAAGUCUGCCGACAAGUCAACCACUGUUGCCCCCACUACCUCUGCUCCGGCCUCCUCGACCAGCGCGUCUCCAUCUGCUUUCACCGGGGCUGCCGCUCCUAAUGUGAACGGCAAAUUGGCCGGCGUGGGUGCUGUCGCAAUGGCUGGGUUGGCUCUGGUUCUGUAA